UUGGACCCAGAUGGACAUUUCUCCCAACAAUUGGCAGAAAUAGAAGCAGUUCUGACCUGGGAAACGUGCUCAGGCUCUCUUGGAAUCGACCAACAUGUCUUCAGUACAAGAAGUGUCCAGUUUCACUGAAGACCUGCUGUGCCCCAUUUGUCUCUCCCUCUUUCGGGAGCCCCACAUACUGGAGUGCGGCCACAGUUUCUGCGCUCCCUGCCUGGAGCCCUGCAUCCCCAAGGGGGAAAGUCAAGGGCUCUGCCCCGAGUGCCGACACCCCUUCACUUUGCACCACGUGAACCGAGCCCUCUCUAGCUUGGCCAAGAAGGCCCGGCUUCUGAAGCUGGACGAAGGGACGCAGCUGAGCAGCACCGGAGGAUGGUACUUCUGUGAGGAACACGGGGAGCCUCUCAAGCUCUUCUGCAGGCAAGAUAAGGAGUCCGUUUGCGUCAUCUGCCGGGACUUGCCUCAGCACCGGGGACACAACUUCCUGCCCAUCAAAAACGCGGUUCAGGCCUAUCAGGACCAACUGAAGGCCUCACUGGAGCUUCUUGAGAAAGGUCUCAGGCGGUUGAAAAGGAGCCAGUGCCACCAGCAGGAGAACAUUAUCGAAUUAAAGACCUGCUCCGAAUCCUUGUCUAAUCAUAUCUCUGAAGAGUUUGCGAAGAUGCACCAGCUGCUGAAUGACAGAGAGCGGAGUAUAAAGCAGGCCUUAGAAGACCAGAGAGAAAAGAACUUGGCACGGAUGGAAACCAAGUUAAAGGAACUGGACUGCAAGAUGGCCUCACGUUCAGAAACACUGUAUCGUAUACAGGCCAGCCUUGAAUGCAAAGACCACAUCAGUUUCCUUAAGGAAGCAAAGGAGUUGCUAGAGAGGCUCAAUAAGGAACAAGGAGCUCGGGGGGGCACUGAACUAGAUGCUGAACUGGCAGGAGAAGAUGGGGAGAGUGCCAGCAGUGAAGACGCAGGUGAGUAUGAGAAGGAAGUAGAAGAAGAGAAGGAGGAGGAAGAUGGAGUGGUGGCUGUCGACUUGAACCUGGGAGAGUUUAAAGGACCUCUGCAAUUCUACGCCUGGAAGGAGCUCCUGAAUGCAAUACAUCCAGUCCCUGCAAGCAUCACUUUGGAAUCCUACUCAGCUUAUCCCAGCUUGGUCUUCGUGGAAGAAAACACCGGGAUCAAGUUCAGCCGCCAGCGACGAAGCGUGGGCAGCUUCACCUCCACCCCCAUCCCCAACCUGUAUACCCCGUAUGCGGUGGGACAGAAGGGCAAUAGCACUGGGCGCUUCUACUGGGAGAUCCAAGUCGGGGACAGUCCCGAUUGGAUAGUGGGGAUGGCCCAAAAGUUUGAGAAGCGUAAAAAUUGGCUGAAUUUUUUGCCCAAGGAAGGGGUGUGGGCUAUUAGGCUGAAGGCGGGAAACUACCAAGCUCUGAGUGAUCCCCGUACGCCCCUCACGGUCUGCGGGAAGAUGGAAAAAGUGGGGGUCUACCUGGACUUUGAAGGGGGGCAGCUCUCUUUUUACAACAGCAGCAGCAUGUCCCACCUCUACACCUUCCAAGCGUGCUUCCAUGCUGCCCCUUCCAAGCCUGCUUCCAUACUGCCCAUUCUCAGCACGCGAAGCAACUACCCCAUCUUGGUGUGUGGUCUGCAGCUUUGAGAGCUUAGCUCCGAGUGUAGCCUUGCAAAGAACAGCCUGGUGAAAGUUUAAAACGUCGAGGUGCGUUAGGAUGGCUGUUUUUAAGAGAGAGUCCAUUCUAUUCCCUCUUUGCAAGCGAUCGCUUGGAAAUUCGAAACCUGGUCUGGCCUGACUAUUGUGGCCCAUGAUGGUGGUUCUAGGUGCAGAGAGCGGUGUAAGUGUAGCUUUCAACUUGACCUAGUAUUUCCCACAUGUUUAAUUUCCUCGACCCAUUGACCGUAGUGAGGAUAGAGAUUGCCUAUGUCUACCUGUGGUUCAAGAUUUUACCUGCUUUUAGUGCGUUCCACUACAGGCAAAAACAGUGAAGGCAAGCCGUACUUACUGCCCUAUCUUUCUCGACUUUCCUAUUACCUAUUCCUUUAGCAUAUUAUAGCUUUGUUGUUUGAAUCUCAUGGUUUAUAUUGAUUGCCUUUAUUUAGUAUCCUAUUAUGAUUUGUGUUGAUUGCUUAUUUUGUAUGUUAUGACGGUCAACUCAGUGUUGUAUGUUAUGAUGAUUGUAUUUCAUGAUUAUAAUCAUGAUUUAUCACUUACUGCUUGCACAUACAUUGAGAGCUUAUGCAACGGAGACAAAUUCCUUGUGUCAAUAAAGAAUUCCAUUCCAUUCUUAAUAAACAAUGCUUAAUAAAGACUUAAGAGUUGGACUUUUAAGGAACCAGGAUAGAAAGCAUAUUGACUCUUUUGAACUUGGGGAAGAGUCCUGCCUGUACAAAGAUAUAGAUCAUCAAACAAAGCAAUCCAGUGUUCUCACUCAAAACAGUGGCCAGGAUUGGGUUACAUUAUAAUUUGGAUACAUUAUGCAAAGACCCAGAUUGCUUGAGAGGUCCAUAGUCCUUUCAAAGGUGGAAGAAAAAAAAAUGAUAUCCAGCUGCAAAUUGGAUGGACCUGAUUACAGUGACAAUGGAA